GGUCGACAGCAAUGAGUUCGAAGAGAGAUGGCCUGUAUGGAUCGAUGUCUCCAGCGCCUGAAAUGUUUGACAAGAACUCCAUUGUCGUUGAUCAAUUGCGGGGAGUUCUGGUUCUCGGGGUGCACAUGCAUGAACAAACCCCACGUUCAAUGCAACCUUAUUUCAACCCAGCACGCAAUUCAUUCAACAUGAUGUUAUCUGCUGGUAAGUCCCCCUUCAAUUGCAAUGUGAUAAACCAUGGAAUGUAUGUUCAACAGAUCGCUAAUCGUCGUAUGGAACGAAGGCUCAUCCGCUAGAGACCAUUGUGCGAACGAACGGACAUUUCUCUCAUGGCUAAGGCUGUCUCUCACUCUGACCUUGGUCGGACUCGCCUUUGUGCUAAAGUUUGAUCUGAACGCUAUUGAUGAGCCGUCACAUGAAGAGCGGACUCUGGCUCUGCCGUUGGGCUACACCUUCAUCGCAUUGGCAAUCCUGUCCGUGGGCGUGGGAUUAGCCAACUACCUGCGGCUGUUGAGUCUCCUUGUACGGAAGGCCGCCAUCGUACAGCCAAACAAGUGGAUAACAGGCGUCGCCUUUGGCAUAGGCACUGUCAUCGCGUCCGUGUCGGUGCUUCUUGAUGGCAACACAUUUCGAAACAGGGACAUGAUCACGAAAAUCAUCUUUUUAUUCAAUUAUUACUCAUAGAUCAUUUUCCGCACAGCGUCAAACUAGGGUAUUAAUGAUGUAAAUCCUACAAAAAC